AUGAUCGACGUUUAGAGAUAAACAUUUAUUGUGUUGCAAUUAAAGCAUUAAGAUCGAUAAAGUAGAUACGGAUAUUGCGUGGUUGAUGUUGCGUGAUUCCUCAAGAUGUAAUUCAAGAAAUGCAUGGAAAAAAAGUCAUAGACAUAUAACAGCUUACCUUAAAUAGUCUAUGAUUAGAUUAUGAGAAUGGACUGGGAUUCUGACAGUGUCAAUAUUAAAACAUGCUCAGUGGAAAAAGCCUUGAUUCCAUUAAUUGCUCAGAUCAGCAUCAUUGUAAAUAGUAAUAUUAAAAAAGUGAUUGACCAGACUUCUCGAAAAAUACUUGACAGUGCUUUACCUAAUCUAGAACUCUCUGUGUGUAAGUUUUCAGAUAUCGGCCAUGAAAUCGGAAACUCAGAUACAGAUAUUAGAGAUGAAAUGCUGGAAGCUUGUGAUAUUGCAAGCCGAGCAUGUAAUAAAUUUGUUACAGAACUAAUUAACCAUGAAAAUUUUAACAAGUCAACAUUGACAGAAUCAUCUCGAAUGUUGUUGAGUUCAAUUACUCGAAUUCUUCUUUUGGCUGAUAGAAUUGCGAUCAAGCGUCUAGUUAACUCAAUUGAAAAGGUAGACAAACGAUUACUCGAGUUGGAAAAUGUGAAAAAUUUUACAGAAUUUGUUUAUAAAUUUAGUCAAUUUGGUAGUGACAUGGUGGAACUUGCCAAUAUAUCUGGUGAAAGACAAAAUGAUUUAAAAGAUGAUCUUCAACGAGCCGAGGUUUGUGCUUCAAGAUCUGUGCUUGAGAAAUCAACUAUGAUGCUAUUAACAACAUGCAAGGCAUGUUUGCGGCAUCCAGAAUCAGAGCUUGCUAAUGGAAAUCGAAAAUCUGUAUUUAAAAAUAUGCGCCAAUCGAUGGAUAUUUUGAAAUUGAUUAUUAGAGAUAAUGUUGCUCCAAACUCCAAUGUUAGUCAUGGGAUCACAUUAGAUUUUCUUGAUGUUAUGGAUCUUAUUGAGAAAGUUCCUUCUAACCCGUCUGAAGCCGUGCAGUUUAUAGAACAGCUUUCUGAGGCUUUAGACAAUAUUACAAUAGAUAUGGAAAGUGUAAUUAAUGUUGGGCAAAUUAACCCUACAAAAAAGUUGAACAUGAAAAGUUAUAUUAACAAAACAAAAGAACUCGAUAAAAAUCUACGAGCUUGUUUAAAGGGAAAAAAAGAUACAAUACCCAACAGCAUGAAGCACCUAAAAGAAAUCUUACCAAACAUCUUAACUAUUCUACAAGACCUAAAGUUUGAACUAACAGCUGCUACUAAAGAACAAGUUGUGCAACUGUCAAAAAUAUUUGAGUAUAAAAACUCAUUACGGCAACUUAAAGCUGCUGCAUUGGCUGAAAAUAAUGCAAGCUUAGAUGCAGAAAUAAAAAUAUUGGAUACAGAAUUUCAAAAGCUGCAAGAGGUUUCAAAUCUUGUGAAGAAUAUUUGUUCUAAUAGGCCAUGCAUACUUACAGCCUCAAGACUUGAAGAAAAUCUAGUCAAUCUAUUACCACAGAUGCGUGAUGCUGCAAAGAUGCUGGCUGCUCAACCUCAAAGUAAAAUAACACAAGAAAACUUAGAGGUGUUUAUAGAUGUAUUUGAAACCCAAGUCGAGGAACUAUGUAAUCUUCUGAGAAAUAUUACCGAAAGCAUUAACAAUAAUUCCUGUGGAAAAUCGUCUUCACGGCCGAUAUCAGCAGAAAUGUGAUUAGAAGGUUUUAAUGGUGUAAAUGAGUAUUUUGUCAAAAAAUUAUUAUUUGUUAUUAUCAUGUACUUGAUUUUCAUUGAGUUUGUAAUUAUUUUCAAGGAUAUUUAUUUAUUAAACUUAUUUCAAACAAUGUACUCUAAAUUUAGUUAAAUAAAAUGUUAAAAUUUGA